GGCACUGACUGGCAUCACUGCUGGGCACUGACUGGCGGCACUGACUGGCACAACCGCUGGGCACUGACUGGUGGCACUGACUGGCAGCACUGCUGGGCUGCACUGGUGGGUGGCACUGGUGGGCACAGGUGGGUGGCACUGCUGGGCACAGGUGGGUGGCACUGCUGGGCACAGGUAGGUGGCACUUCUGGGCACAGGUGUGUGACACUGCAGAGUGGCACAAGUGGAUGCACUGCUGGGCACAGGUGGGCGGAACUUGCGGGUGGCACUGCUGGGCACCGAUCAUCAGUGCCCUGAUCAUCAGUGCCCUGAUGAUCGGUGCCGAUCCUCGCUCUGGCAACUGCCGGUUCUCGGCAGUACUUUCCUCACGAUCUGACAGCGUGAGGAAAGUGCAGCCGAGAACCGGCACUUGC